AUGGGCGGAGUAUCAGCUUCGGAUCCCGUUAUCGAGCGUUUGAUUGCUGCAGACAAGAUACGAUGGUAUCGCAAACCCAACCUACGUAUGCUGUAUCUAUGUCUUGUUCCCUUCUGCUUGUGUAUCGAGUCUACCUCUGGCUUUGACUCAUCCAUGAUGAAUGGCAUGCAAGCACUGACACCCUGGCAAACCUUCUUCAACCAUCCUACAGGCGGUAGUUUGGGUCUGUUAGUUGCUUGCUACAACAUUGGAGCCGUCACAAGUCUGCCAUUCAUUGCUCUACUGUCCGAUCAUGUUGGUCGCCGGUGGAGUAUCGUCUUUGGAAGUACUGUGAUGAUUAUCGGAGCCGUCAUGCAAGGCCUGAGCAAGAGCUUGGCCAUGUUUGUAUUUGCUCGUAUCUUUCUUGGUCACGGAAUCGUAUAUGCAAUUGUGGCGGGGUCUGCUUUGUUAGGAGAACUAGGUCAUCCAAAAGAACGGCAGUUUCUGGGUUCCCUUUUCAAUGCCUUCUUCGGAGUCGGCGCUGUCGUUGGAGCUGGUAUUGUCAUGCGAACACGUAUCAUACCCAAUGAUUGGAGCUGGCGUCUACCCAGUAUUCUUCAAGCUCUUCCUUCCACCCUGCAGAUCGCAUUCGCCUUCACCAUCCCAGAGAGCCCUAGGUGGCUCGUUUCCAAAGAUAGAGGAGAAGAAGCCCUGAAGAUCUUGAUAAAAUACCACGCCGAAGGCGACGUAACUGACAGGCUCCCGUACGCAGAGUAUGCCGAGAUUAGAAGCGCUCUCGAGAUUGAGAACACAUCCCGCAAGCGAGGUUACAUGGAGCUUUUCCAAUCUCGAGGCAUGAGACGCCGAGCUCUGAUCGCUGCUAUGCUUGGAAUGUUUACCCAAUUUUCUGGAAACACAUUGCUUAGUCAGUAUCUCGUACCCAUCCUCCAAAGCAUCGGCAUUGGCGACAGCGCAACUCAAGUCAAAUACAACGUCGGGACACAGGCUUGGGGGCUCGUAGUCGGAGUCGUGCUUGCUGUCAUUACCCCUCGCUAUCCGAGGCGUAGAAUGUAUCUUCUUUGUUCGAGUUUGCUCGUAAUCGUUUACACAGGAUGGACAAUCGCCCAGGCUCGUCAACAAAUCACAGGCUCCCCGGUCGCUGGCAUAGCUGUUCUUGUCAUGAUCUUCUUGUACAGUCCAGCGUAUUGUAUUGGGUACAAUGCUCUGACAUAUGUGUACUUGGUCGAGAUCUUUCCAUUCUACGUCAGAACCAAAGGCAUUACAUGGUUCCAGUUCUUCGGUCGUAGUUCCAAUCUAUUUGGAAGUUUCUUGAACCCAAUCGGACUCGAGAACGCGAAGUGGAAGUACUUGCUCGUCUACGUGUGCUGGCUGUGCUUCGAAGUCGUCUUUAUUUACCUAUUCUUCCCAGAAACUUACGGUAGGACCCUCGAAGAAUUGACCUUUCUUUUCGAGCAGCAAGAUAAGCGUGAUGCUGUGGCUAAGAAUGCAUUGGCUGCUGUCGAGCAUAUUGAAAUGGCUCAUGCGGAGCCAGGGAAGAAUGUCUGA